UGUCGAUGGAAGCCACAAAAACACAGACGCCCACCUACCGCUAUCGCCGCUCAGUUCUACACUCUCUACCGAGCCCUUCAAAAUGGCGGCAGCUUCCUCCAUCCAGCCGCCGAGUGUACACGCAAUAAAGCAGGAAAAUUCACCUUUCCCGGACUCCGACAGCCCUGAGAGCCGGCAGGAUGAAGACGCGCCAUCCGAGGGUACGAGUCUUCGAGAUAUGCCAGAUUUGGACCCGGAGGAAAUCGAGAGGAGGUGGGAGAAAACUAACCGGGAGCUGAGCAACAGGAGAAAAAUCCUCAUCAAGAACCUGCCACAAGAUACAACCAACCAGGAGGUCCACGACAUUUUGAAGGAGUACGAGCUCAAGUACUGUUUUGUCGACCGGAACAAAGGCACAGCCUUCGUGACGCUGCUGAACGGCGAGCAGGCCCAGCACGCCAUCGCGUCGCUGCACCAGUCGAGCGUGCGGGGCCGCACGGUCAGCGUGCAGCUGCAGCCCACCGACUCGCUGCUGUGCGUGGCCAACCUGCCGCACACGCUCGCGGCCGAGGCCUUCCACCAGCUGGUGCGCUCGCACGGCAACGUGGAGCGCUGCUUCCUGGUGCACAGCCGGCGCUCGGGCCACUCCAAGGGCUACGGCUUCGUGGAGUACAUGAAGAAGGACUCGGCGUCGCGCGCCCGCUCCGAGCUGCUGGGCCGGGCGCUGGGCGAGCGGGCGCUCGUGGUCCAGUGGACCGACGCCAACCAGCUGACGGAGCCCGAGCAGCUGCACUCGCGCUGCCUGUGCGUGGACCGGCUGCCGCUGGACUUCGACGACACCGAGGAGCUGGCCCGCGUCUUCUCGCAGCGCUACCGGCCCGUCUUCUGCCAGCUGGCCCAGGAUGAGGGCAGUCCGGUGCGUGGCUUUGCGGUGGUGGAGUACGAGACGUCGGAGCAGGCCGAGUGUGCGCUGCUGGAGAUGGACCGGCAGCUGAUCCAGGGUCAGGAGGUGCGCCUCUCCCUCUGCUGCCCGGGCACCUCCGGACGCAGCACCCUCGCCGCCCUCAUCGCAGCUCAGGGAGUGAUGUUGAGCAGUAAGAAGGGCUUGUUGCCAGAGCCGAGUCUAGCACAGCUCCUGAACAGCAUGACCAACCCAGCAGCCCUGCAGGUCCUCAUGAGACCCUACCACACAGGCAAGCGCGGAGGUAAAUUUGGGCGCCCCCACAGUCUGCCCUUCCUGAGACCCCCCCUCACAGCAGCCUUGCUCCAGCUGGGGAAGGUGCAGCAGAGCACGAUGCUGGGGAACGGCCUUGUUCUACAGAACCUGCUCCACAUGCAACUGGCCCAGCAGCAGCUCCUGCAGAUCAAAGACAAGCACAUCACUAACGUGUCCAGUCUGCUGGGGGACCCCUCCAGGCUGCUGCUGCACAAGGCUCUGGGGCUGCGGGCUCCGGCGGCGGCCGCUCCAGCUGCUGCUGCCCCCAUGGCGCUGGGGAAGGGACUGCUGGGGGACUCCCCCACCGAGGACUCUGCCCCAGUGGCUCCCCAGGCUCCCAUCUCCACGGCCAGCAUGGCCCCCUACCUGUCUGCCCGGACUCACCCAGGUGCCCAGCCCGGCCCGGAGCACAACGGCGGCGCAGCCAGUGCCACGGCUCCAGAGAAGCAACCCGCACCUCCAGGCACGGCAGGGAGCGCGGCGGCCGCGCAGCCCCAUCUGCACAGCUUCCUCUCGGGCAUGAGCAGCCCCAGCAUGGGUCCCCUGCUGGCAGCCACCGCACCCAAGGCAGCCAGCAUGGGCCACGGGCCACACACAGAGAGCAGCUCCACUGCCACGAGUCAGUUGAGCAGUCAGACGUCUUUGCUGGGGGAGCCGCCAAAAGAGGUGAAGCUUCCCUCCAACCCCUACCUGAACCUGGCCAGUGUGCUGCCUGGAGCAGUGCUACAAGCGGCCCCCAGCAGCAGUAAGGCCCAGACGGUGGCUCCCCACAGUGUGGGCUACAGCCCUGUGAUGCCCCCCACCUCUCACCCCAGCACCCAGUACAGCACCGAAGCCCCCGCAGACUACUCUCAGCAGUACAGCCAGCCCUACUCACAGGAGGCCAUGCAGCAAUGGUACCAACACUACCAGACACAGAACUACAGCAGUGCCAGCCAAGAGGGCACUGCAGUCAGUGAAUACAGCAAGGAACAGCCACAGGCCACAGCCACCACCUCCUAUGGAGACUACAACUCCUACAUGCAGGCGGUCAGUCACUACUACACACAGACUCAGAUGAACCAAGCAGCCGUGCAGGCCUAUCAGCACCGAGACCCUGCCAAGGAGUCGGAGGUGGUGAAGGCGUCCCUGGGGGCAGGCCUCAAUGGCAGUGCCCAGGCCAUGCUGCCCGCUGCUGUGCUGCCCGCCUACGGCGCCCUGCCCAUGAUGCCCGGCUUCAUCAGCGCCCCUCACGCCACCCCCAUCCCCGUCACCCUCCCCCAGACCCCUGCCGCCACCACCGCAGACUGGAACCAGUACUACUACGCUCAGGCUCGUGGGCAGAAGAGGGAGUAUCCUCAGCUGCCAGUUCCAGAAGUGGCAUCAGAUGGUCCAUAUGUUGGCCAACACUCGCAGGGGCUUGGAGGCCAAUACGCCGACUACUUCAAGAAGAAGCGGAUCUAACACACACACACACACACACACACACACAUGAACACACACACACACACUCAACAAUUUAUAAUGUAUACACACAUACUUAAACGCACAUACACUUGUAGAUGUAUUUGGUUUUGUCUCUUUGUGAUGUCCAGACCAAGUAUUCUGUUUUACUCAACACACACACACACAGGCACAGACACACAGACACACAGACACAGACACACACACACACACACACACACACACACACACACACACUUACACAUAUGCUUACACACACACACACACACACACACACACACACACUUGCACAGGCACACACACAUACAUACACACAAACACUCACUGAAACGGACACACAUUUUUCCAAUUACCAUGUUGCUAUUGUUACUGUCGUCUAAGCCUUAAACUCUUGAGCUCUUUUCUCUGACGUGGUUGUUGAGGUCAGAAUUAUGUACAUGACUUUCCUGAUGUGUCUACUUGUUACUGUAAACGCGUUUGAAUGGACCGUGUGUUGUCAGGCUACUUGUGUCUGUGUGUGCGGCCUGGCUGGAGGGAGACUCCUCUGCUGGCCGGAGAUGGUAUUACACUGAGUGAGGCUGGAUAAGACAGCACUCAGGCCUUGGGUUGGAACAGACUUUCCUCUGCUCUCCUCUGCUCUGGGCAGUGUCUCGGCAGGAAACACAUACAUACACACACACACACACAAACACACACACACACACAAACACACACACACACACAUGCUCACGUGCACUGACAGCCACACUCAUGCACAUACACACUCAAGUGCUGCUUAUUUUGGCAAUUGCUGAUCAAGGCCUGCAAGAGAGAGAGAGACAGCAGUCCAAAGACAAAGUGACCGGAGAAGAGAAUGGAACGGGUGCAGAGCUUCAGUGACAUCACUGUGUAGUGGCCAGUGUUUUUCUGUGUGUGUGUGUGUGCGUGUGUGUGUGCAGCUUUGUACAUAAAACUGUCACUGUAGGAGAGAUCAGCCAUCAAACUAUUGAGCUUCAGGGCAUAAGAGAGGCUCAGAGGUGUGUGUGUGUGUGUGUGUGUGUGUGUGUGUGUGUGUGUGUGUGUGUGUGUGUGUGUGUGUGUGUGUGUGUGUGUGUGUGUGUGUGUGUGUGUGUGUGUGUGUGCCAGGUCCGCACUGCGCUAGUUCAGAGGCUAGCCCCUCUUUGUGAUGCAAUAAUGGGAGUUGCUGUGGAGACUGACCUGUGGCCUCGGCUCCUGUUGCCGAUGGGUUACUGUGGAGGUGGUUUACCAUGGCAACUCAACCUGUGGCCUUGGCUACUGUUGCUGAGGGGAAGUUGUUGUUGUGGAGUGAUUGUGGCGGAUUGAAGUGUGUCAGAGUUUAAAGCUUUACAGCUGCCGAUACUGCAACCUAACAAUAAUGUUUAAUACCGAUUACAAUAACGCGAAUAAUAAUAUUUAUGUAAUACUUACUGUUUGAGUCAUUUCGAAGCAGAGGAAUGUGCUUUGGUUGUGUAAACAUGCUGUGUGUGUGUGAGUGAGCGUGUCAGUGUGUGUCGGAGUUAAGAGUGCACUCACACAAGGCGGAGCAGCUGGCCCUGAAUCAGGCAAUAACACCACAGCACAAUGCUGCUCCACGUCUAUUAGUGAUGUUUCUGUGUGCGUUAAUCCCCCUCUUCCUCUAUCUGCCCAUCUCUCUCUCUCUCUCUCUCUCUCUCUCUCCACUCUUCUCCUCUGACGGUAGCGCUCUAUCUGUUCCCGGGUGUCGGGGGGAAAACGGCCGCGCCGCUAAAGCUCAGCGGCUGCCCUCUGACCCGCGCGGCGGCUAAUCUCGUCUGAAAUCUGAAAGGCCGUCAGUGCAGGACUGUGAUUCCUCUGACCGCGCUAAGCGCUCCGCCGUGAGUCUGGCCCACAGCCGCCGUGCGCUCGCUCGCUCCCCCCCCCUCCUCUUGGCCUUUCUCUCACCCCCACCUCGAUGUGUACAGUUCCCCAGCUGACUGGGUCGCUUGGUCGGCUCUGUGUCUCUCCUCCAUGUCUUAAAAAGGUAAUGUGCUUAGAUUAGGCCUCGGUUCUUCCAUCGGAAUCCUUUCAGGAGCACUGUUCUCCCCCCGCGCGCUGUAAAAUAGUCUCAGCAACAGGCCUCAGUGUUGUAUUGAAUGUAUCCAGGCAUUUGAAGCAAGCUUCUGUUUCUGAGUGUGUGUUUUUUUCCGUGUGUUGUUGAGCUAACCUAGUGAUUCUAGUGAUUGUAUCUUAUCUCUUACCCUGACAAUGUACAAUAUAAGCCAUUAUCACAUGUGCCACAACUUCCUGGAGAGCAGUGUGCGUAUGUGUGUGUUUGAGUGUGUUUAUGUGUGUGUGUGUGUGUGUGUGUGUGUGUGUGUGUGUGUGUGUGUGUGUGUGGCUGUGUAGGCUCGAGCCUAACUUAGGGCUACAAUUCCCAAGCCAUGCCAAGCCACUGCCCUGUACUUUUCUUAAUGCACAAGUGUGUGCAUGUUUGCUGGGGAUUCGGAGUGGAGGAUAGGGAUGUGGGCGGGAGAGGUGCUGGGGACGCUUGGCCACUGUUCUCCAAGGGCUGGAUAAGUGAAAGCAAUAUGGCAGUCCAGUGGAGUGGUGUUGUCCCCCCACUGCCCAGGCCUGAGCCGGUCUCGUCCCCGUUUGAUGACACGUUCUGACCGCUUUUCUCCCCCCCCGACGGGUUUCCUUACCUGUGUGUCCGGUCCACUGAUCAGCCAGUCUGUCGUCCAGUCGGGAUCACUCGUGUCUCCAGCGUCAGCGCUCCAGGCCUAUCAGCAGGGAUUUCGAUCAAAGCACAUUUACCUCUGUGUGUGGACACGACAACGGGCCCUCCCGCGCUCACGCUGGCUCUUCAGGCCAACUAUCUUUUUUUUUUUUUUUUUUUGGGCUUUUAUGCCUUUAAUGUGACAGGACAGUGCAGAGCGACAGGAAGCGAGUGGGAGAGAGAGUAGGGGCGGGAUCCGGAAAGGACCACGGGGCGGGAAUCGAACCCGGGUCGCCGGCGUGCGGCGCAGGCGCCCCAGCCAGUCGCGCCACGACUGGGGCCCAGGCCUACUAUCUUAAGUUAACCCACGUCUGUCUGGUCUACUAACGCGCUCCACGGCGUGGCCUGCUAGCAGAGCCGAUGCUUAUUCUCCAGGGAGUUGAGACAGUGCAAGCAUGAGUGACAGGGACGAGGAGAGGAGUGUGGGGCCUCCUUGGAAGCUGAGAGGGGCCGUUUUCAUGCCCCAUGAGGAGGGUUGGUGGGGUAGGUAUGGGGUAGACUUCUACCUAUUUAGUCAGGGUGCCGAUGACUUGCGUGUUGCUGGCUGGGUGAGGCUGGUUGUUGUAAACAAGGUAGUAAAUUAGGUCGUGUCCCCCCUAAGCCUUUGCAGGCACGGGCAUGACUGCUCGGCCUCUAAACAAGCCUGACAGAACUCCACACCCUCACAGGUCGUUUACACGACGGUCACUCAGAGGUGUCCAGCUGACGAGGUGAGGACUCUUUCGAACAACACGUCACCUUAAAUAGACGGAAAGACUGCUGGUGUGUGUUUAGAUGUGAGUGUGAAUGUGUGUGUAGAGGGGGUGUCAUGUGAGGCUUCAGAAAAGCUUUGCAAUACUUAAGUUCCCUCUGUAGACUUCAGAGGGCUUUGUGUCUCUGGGUUAGGGUACAAAUAGAAGCCUCCUGCUUUGAAUAUAUUUUGCUGGCCUGUUUGUACUUUUGAGUUUACUCUGUAUACUGUAUGUAUCUGUUUGGUUUCUGUUCAGAUCUUAAAUUUCAGACUUUUUGCAAUAUUUUAUAUCUCAACUGUGUUAAUAUUGCUUUACUGUGAAUAAGCUAUUUUUAGGAACAAUGGAAUUUUAGCAUGCUUAUCUUUUCCUCUGGAAAAUAGACAAACUGAUAAAACUUUUCAUUCUAUGGAGCUGAAGGCUUUUUAAUUAUUAAUGGCAAAAAAAAGAUGAAAAAAAGAUGUUAUUUAUUUGAAAGGUGUAUUUAUGUACAUUUUAUCCCCCACAUGUCGUACUUUCCUGUCUUAUUUCUCUGAAUUAUCAUUUUUGUUCUUUUGAAACAGGAAUUGUUUUACAUUCCGAAAUAAAAACAAAAACAUUGGGACAACU